AUGCCAUCCCUCCGCAAUAUCCUCCACAAACGCGAUGAAGUCGCAAGCGAUACAUCUCAUUCUGGCCCACCACCUAUAACAAUAACAACCCCGACCUCUAGCUCGCCCCCAGAAAUCACCUUCCUCCGCUCAGACACCUUUGGUCAAGAAGUCAUAGCACCACCAACUCACGCAGAUGACCCCUCAUUCUCACCAACAAGCCUCAGAUCCCCCGUGGACUCCCUUGACUCUCCCCACGCCUCCUCAGGCACAACCCGCCGCAGCUUCCAGCUCUUCUCACGCAACCGAGCCUCCCGCUCAGAAUCACUCUCAAGUCCCUCCCCGCCGCGCCGCGAGCGCCGGCUCUCAAACCUACUGCACCGCGACAAUCGGCGCAGUCGCAGUGACUCGCGCGAUUCAUCGGUGAAUAUUCCGCAGGACUUGCCCCAGAUCGAUGAUGAUGCUGGGGGUGACAAGCAGGAGCGCGAGGCGGCGUGGGAAAAGAGAGCUACUGUGCUUGCGCAGCAUCAUCCGCAGUUCGGGGGCGUUGGGUCGCCGUUGCAAUCUGAGUUUGAUGCUAGCGAGUGGGGUGGUCAGUCUAGGAGUUCGAGUCGGAGUCGUGCUGGGGAAUUGCAGGACGAUACAAAUAUUCAGGAAGCGAUUCGACUGCAUGAGUCCGGUGAUCUAGAAAAAUCUACCCAGAUGUUUGGUCAACUUGCCAACCCUAAUGGUGCAAACAAUCCCCUCAGUCAAGUUUUGUAUGGACUUGCUCUUCGACAUGGCUGGGGUUGUAUCAAAGAUGAAGCCCAGGCUGUGACUUACCUCUCCGCCGCAGCUUCCAACUCAGCGGCCGUUGAAGCUGAGGCGCUACGUGCCGGAAUCAAAAAAGGCGGCGCCGCUAAGGGAGAGCUCGUGCUUGCUAUUUUCGAGUUAGCGAACUGCUUCCGGAACGGCUGGGGCGUGGCAAAAGAUCCCGCUGCUGCGAGGCAGUAUUAUGAGACUGCGGCAAACUUAGGAGAUACCGAUGCUAUGAACGAGGUUGCUUGGUGCUAUCUUGAGGGAUUCGGCGGGAAAAAGGAAAAGUUCAAGGCAGCGAAGUAUUAUCGACUUGCCGAGGAGAGUGGGUGUCCCACAGUGGGGAAUUCAUGGAUUUGGAAAGAGAAGUAUAACCCCCAGUAA